AUGCAGCAGAGGAUUUUGUUUAUCUUCUUCAAUUUGCUAGCCAUUAAUUGGGAUCAGAAAACUGGAGAAUGCCAAGUAAUUCCUCCUAAUGUUGUUGAUGUUGUGGACCAUGGAGCUGUUGGAGAUGGAAUUGCUGACGAUACACAAGCUUUUUUAGAUGCAUGGGCAGCUGUAUGUGGAAGUGCAUCAAGUCUUCCAAUUCUUGUACCAACAAUGACAACAUUCUUGCUUCACCCAGUAACUUUCAAAGGUCCAUGCCAGUCCCCCACCAUUUAUCUCCUGCUGGAUGGUAAUAUUGUGGCACCAGACAUGGCAUCAUGGACUGGUGAUGAUAAAUCAAAAUGGAUUGUAUUCUCAAAUGUACAAGGACUUAGUAUCAUAGGAGAUGGAACAAUCGACGGUCGAGGAUCAAACUGGUGGCAAUCCAACCUUGAUGCCCAUCAAAGACCGAUCGGCACUAUGUUUCAAAACUGCAACAAACUUCAACUCCAAGGAUUCACCCAUAUAAACAGUGGAAGCCUCCAUAUUUCCAUAGCUGAUAGUAAUGGAGUAUCCAUCUCUAAUCUCCAUGUAUUUGCCCCGGAAUCAAGCCCUAACACUGAUGGUAUUGACAUUAGUCGCUCUUCUAAUGUUGAUAUUAGGGUUACCGACAUCGGAACCGGUGAUGAUUGCAUUGCAAUUGGAGGGGGUUCCUCAUACAUUAACAUAACUAGUGUAUCAUGUGGACCGGGCCAUGGUAUAAGUAUUGGAAGUUUAGGAGCAAAUGGAGGAGUAGAUACCGUAGAACAAGUGUCCGUAAAAAACUGUACCUUAGCCGGAACUACAAAUGGAGCAAGGAUAAAGACAUGGCAGGGUGGCUCUGGAUUUGCUAGGAGAAUAUUGUUCAAUGAAAUCACACUUACUAAUGUCACAAAUCCUAUAUUGAUCGAUCAGUUCUAUUGUCCUUAUGGCACCUGCAUCAACGAGACAUCAGCAGUUGAAGUGAGUGAUGUGUCUUUUAUUGGAUUUCAUGGCACAUCAAGCACAGAGAACGCAAUAACAUUGGAAUGCAGUGAAAUCAAAGGCUGCUCCAAUAUUAUACUUGAUGACAUCAACAUAGUUCAUGUGGUUCCAGGACAAGUCACACAGGCUUCUUGCUUCAAUGCUCAUGGAACAUCUGGUGUUACAACUCCUGCAAUAGAUUGCCUGUCAGCCUAA